CCCGGGAGACGCGGGUACACAGAGAGACCCGGCUCCCGUCGGAGGCCGAGGCGUCGCGGCGGUCGCCCCCUCGGCGUCCUCGCAGGCCGGGCGCGGACCGGCCGCGUCGCCGCCGGGCUUGUCGCCAUGAGUCAGAGGCAGGUGUUGCAAGUGUUCGAGCAGUACCAGAAAGCCCGGAUCCAGUUCGUGCAGAUGGUGGCGGAGCUGGCGACCAGACCCCAAAACAUCGAGACCCUGCAGAACGCGGGUGUAAUGUCUUUGCUGAGGCCUCUUCUUCUGGAUGUGGUCCCAACAAUUCAACAGACUGCUGCAUUGGCUCUUGGGAGACUGGCGAAUUAUAAUGGUGACCUAGCAGAAGCAGUCGUGAAGGGCGACAUUCUUCCACAGCUUGUUUAUUCAUUGGCAGAACAGAAUCGUUUUUACAAGAAAGCAGCCGCCUUUGUGCUACGAGCAGUGGGGAAGCAUUCUCCUCAACUAGCUCAGGCGAUCGUGGAUUGCGGAGCCCUGGAUACACUGGUGAUAUGCCUGGAAGAUUUUGACCCUGGAGUCAAGGAAGCUGCAGCCUGGGCACUGGGUUACAUCGCAAGACAUAAUGCAGAACUGUCACAAGCUGUGGUGGACGCGGGAGCAGUUCCUCUGUUAGUACUCUGUAUCCAGGAGCCAGAAAUUGCUUUGAAAAGGAUUGCUGCUUCGGCCCUCAGUGAUAUUUCAAAGCAUUCUCCAGAGUUAGCACAGACCGUAGUGGACGUGGGGGCCAUCGCUCACUUAGCCCAGAUGAUCCUGAACCCCGAUUCCAAAUUAAAGCGUCAGGUCCUUUCGGCUCUCAGUCAGAUUGCGAAGCACUCCGUGGACCUGGCAGAAAUGGUGGUUGAGGCAGAGAUUUUCCCAGUUGUACUCACCUGCCUGAAGGACAAAGAUGACUACGUGAAGAAAAAUGCUUCUACUUUAAUUAGAGAGAUUGCAAAACAUACACCGGAGCUUUCCCAGCUGAUAGUUAACACAGGAGGAGUGGCUGCCGUGACUGACUGUAUCGGGUCCUGCAAAGGAAACAUAAGAUUGCCUGGCAUCAUGAUGCUCGGCUAUGUCGCGGCUCAUUCUGAGAACCUGGCGAUGGCGGUGAUCGUCUCCAAGGCUGUGCCCCAGUUGUCGGUCUGCCUGUCCGAAGAGCCAGAAGAUCACAUUAAGGCUGCGGCCGCCUGGGCCCUGGGACAGAUUGGGAGACAUACCCCGGAGCACGCGCGGGCCGUUGCCGUCACAAACACCCUGCCCGUACUGCUUUCGCUGUACAUGUCCACGGAGAGCUCAGAGGAUCUUCAGACAAAAAGUAAGAAAGCCAUAAAGAGUAUCCUACAAAAAUGCACCUAUUUACCGGCCCUUGAGCCGUUUCUGUAUGAUGCGCCCCCCAAUAUCCUGAAGCACGUGGUUGGACAGUUCAGUAAGGUACUGCCACAUGACAGCAAAGCUCGACGACUUUUUGUAACAAGUGGUGGACUGAAAAAGGUUCAAGAGAUAAAGGCAGGACCCGGCUCUCUGCUCCAAGAAUACAUCAACAGUAUUAACAGCUGUUACCCGGAGGAGAUAGUAAGGUAUUACUCCCCUGGAUAUUCUGAUGCACUUCUACAGAGAGUGGACAGCUACCAACCACUUGCCAAUUAAACAAAGUUCUGUUUUCGUGCUCUAAUUCACAACAGGGCAUUAUGAACGGUAGCUGGUAACGUUCUUGCCAAAUAUUUGAACUGAGCGCAUUCUAGAUUUAUUCAGUGUGAAAUACCUUUGGAUAAUCUUUUCUAAAUUUAUGUAAAAAAAAAAAAAUUAGUGGCCUGAAUGAGGACUGACUAUUGGUCAUUUGCUUGGGACUUGCUCUAAGGGUGAACUGUAAAAAGACAUUAAAGGGUGCUAAGGCAUUUGCUAUCUUUCCAUUAACCAUCCCCAGCCCCUAAACACACAUACCUCCAACUAGAUGUAGGUGAAAAAUGAUGCUGGGAACUCUUAGUUAUCUUGGCCACUUCCUCCCAGACACAGGCAAGGGAAGGGGCCUUGCAGAUUCCUCAGGAGGACAUUGAAGGGAGGUGUCAAAAGAGGAAACUGAUGACAGAAGUGGAAGGCACUUGAAGAGACUCUGAUGCUCUUUACCUAAAUGCAUCAACCAAACACUUGGAAUCUAUGGAUAACCUGUCAGGUUUUCUUAACAACUUAGGAAGCUCUCCUCCUCUUGAUGCCAAAUUUUCUAAGCUCUUUUUUCGCCUCACUGAAACAGUUCCUUUACCUUUCAUGGGGCUGGAGGAAGUCCACAUUAAGCAUCAUUCCACUGCAGACAGGUUUCCCAUUUCUUUGAAGGGUUUCUGAGUCCAGCCUUGCUCGUGAAUAAACAAGGAAGCAGGCAAGUAAAAUGGGUCCUUAGUAUACCCUGUCCUAGCUUCACUUUCCCCCCAAGUUUUAAAAAUCACAUUUCCAGGGAUUUAAGAAAUAGUUUAAAAAGAAUACCUCCGGGCUUGGACUUUGCAUGCAUUUUCACUUAGGGAGCUGAAAGGGGGUAACGGGGGGUUUCAAUAAAAUUUUAAACAGAAACA